UUGAGUAAUCCUCUACGAAUAGGUAUUCUUGCAAUAAGGCAAUUAUCUCCUUCCGUCCAUUGUGUUGCCAAGACUCCCGGCUAUCCCUAUUAUGCCAGCAGGCAGCCAAAAGGUGUUCGGAGAUUUCUCAUCUUGGACCCUGUCAUGCCUUGGCGGGCAGACGCUACCGGCGGGUGGGGAUGACGCUACUGGUGCCAGCCUCGCUCACAGCGGGACGUCGUGCGCAGGUGUAUAAAGGAGGGUGGCCCAGCACUUCAGGCUCUCGAGGGGCUAAUGUCUAAUGGUCUGAGGAGCGGCGAAUAUCAGAUCACAACGAUGGCGUCCAACUCAGCGACAUCGCCGAAAGGGAGCGGGCCACUCGGCUCCAUGACACGGCUCUCGCCUUGUGUCUACAUUUACCGACCGCCGACGCCCUCCCAAGCGACGUCACACCCAGAAACGGACUCAACAACCCAAAAGCCCACCCCAAAGCUGAUUGUCCUCGCCGCAUGGAUGGGCGCCCGCGACGCCCACAUCGCAAAGUAUCUCGCGCCGUACCAAGCCCUCUUCCCCACCGCCCCGAUCCUCCUCCUGCGCUCCGAGCCGUGGCACUUCCUCCGCCCGGGCGGCAUCGCGCGCGAACUCGCUCCCGCCGUCGCCUUUGUCCGCUCCAUCUUCCCAGAGCUCUCGCUAGGCGACGCCCCCGCCGCCACCACAAAACGGCUACAAACAACCAACGGGCAGAAGCGACAGCCGCAGCUGCUCCUGCAAGCCUGGUCCAACGGCGGGACGACCUGCCUGCAUUAUCUCCGCCUCGCCCUCCUCCAGUCCACUACCACCAGCAGCACGGCCACCGUAACCCCGAGCCUACCCCCUUACACCCUUGUCCUGGACUCGACGCCGGGCACUUUUACCUACCGCACCAGCUACCGCGCCUUCACGGCCGGCCUAGAGCGCCCCUUGAAGUGGCUCAUCGCGCCGCUGAUGCACAUGCUCUGCGCAUGGUUCGCGUUCCUGUACUCCCUUCGAGUGGUCGACGGUCCGCUGGUGAGGGUGGCGCGCGGGCUGAAUGAUGAGGAGACCUUAAGAAGGGGGGUGGAGGUGAGGAGGACGUAUGUGUAUGGCGACCGGGACCUGUUGGUGGACUAUGCGGAUGUGGAAAGGCAUGCGGAGGAGGCGAGUACGAAAGGGUUUGAUGUGAGGAGGGAGAGGUUUGAGGGCGGGGAGCAUGUCGCACUUGCUAGGGCUGAUCCGGAGCGAUAUUGGCGGGUUGUGAGGGAGACGUGGGAGGGGGUCAGGGUGGACGGCUUCCUUCGUCUUGCCGCUCUCGUCGCCACCACCCCAGCCCGCGGCGGGAAACCUCGAGAGCGCCUCGACUGCGUCGUCCGUACCGCCAUGGUAGCCCUCGUCGGCCUCGAGCUCGGCCGCGCACGCGUCGCACUCCUGGUCGUGCUCCUUCUCGUCCACCAGCGCGCCCUCCUUGCACAUGCCGAACGACCCGUUGUUCUUGGCCUCGAGGCAGCUGAGCUCCUGCGUGAGCUCGUCCCACGUGAAGUCGUCUUUGCAGUGCGGGCACGUUCCCUUGAAGACGACGAGCCGACACAUGGCGGCGGGGCGGGCUUAAAAGGCCUGGCUACCUCGGGGCGGAAGUUCGUCCGGACUGGGUGAGGGGGAAGGGUGACCUGGAGCCCACUGCCUCUUCAGAGCGGCGAGAAAGGGAACCCACUCCACAACAAGGUGGACAUGGCAACCCACUGAACCCAGGCUAUGCUAGCGGAUGGAGAGGGGAUGUGAUGGCCUGGUGGGGGCCUGGAACGGCGACACUGUCACCGGGAGCAACCCACCUCCACCUGACCGUCGUUCUUUGGCCAGUUGUCCCUCCACUGUGAGGGUUUCGCGUUGCAGUCGUGAAGAUGCA